AUGAAAUUAUUAAAUAGAAUAAAAAAAUAAAAAAACUCAAUUAAUAAUAAUCAAAAUUAAGAAAUCGGAGCAUUAGAUAUUAUUAAUGAAAUGAGAUAUUAAGAAGUCUUCUUUAAAUUGAAAAUUAAUAUCGAUCUUUCUAGCGAAGCUCAUUUGGAUUUCUGGACUUAAUUAAUUGAGGAAGCUCCUGAUUUGUAAAAAGUAUAUUUAAUUGGAAGGAAAAUAUACAAAUACAAAAUUAAAGUAUAAGAAAAUUGGAAUAAGUUGAGUAAAAUAUGUAAUAAAAGAUCAAAAAGUAUCAUUCUAUAUGCUAAUUAUUUAAUGGAUAUCCUCUAUGAUAAUCACUAAGGCUAAUAGUUAUUAAACUAAGUAAAUUUUAUCAACUAAAUUGAUAAAAGUAAUAUAAAAAACAUAAAUACUUAAGAAAAAAAUAGCGAUUCCCAACCCAUCAUAAUCAUCUCCCUAGAAACCGAUAAACUAGGUUUAAUUAUUAAUACAAACUUGAGUUCUUGUGCGUUUUUUGGAUAUACGAAAACUGAACUUAUAAACAAGAAACUAAAUACAUUAAUGCCAUCUUUAUAUAGUAAUUUUCAUGAUUCUUUUUUAGAAAAUUAUCUUAAUAAUAACGAGUUGACUACUUUAAAAGAUGAGCGGUAUUUUUUUACUUUUCAUAAAAGUACAUAUAUAAUUCCAGCAUAUUUAAAUGUAAAAGCUUUCGAAUCUUUAACAAAUGGUUAAUAAAUGAUCGGUUAAUUUCGUUAAGACAGGUCUUUAAAAAAUGUUUGCUAUUUUCUCGUAAAUGAAUCUGGGAUAAUUACCAGUAUAACCCCUACAUGUAUUUCUUAUUUAAGUAUAGAUUAUAAGCAAAUGUAAUAAAAAGAAAACAUUUUGGAUGUUAUAUUACCUAAUUUAUGGAGAAAUAAAAAUGAAUAUAUGAUUAAAUAGGGACAUGUUUUUAAUUUUAAGCCUCAUUAAAAUUUCGGAGGUAUUCCAGGUUUUAAAAAUGGUAUAUAAUAAUUUAUUACGUUUAAAGCGAGUAUUUAGGAAAUUAUAGUUUUGAAAGAUUAACUUUUAGGUUAUAUUGUUAAAUUGGAAAUGGAUAAAUCAAAAAUAAAAACAAAUUAAAAUAAUGAUGCUUGCAUAAAAAAUCAUUAAAAUUCAAAGAAUCAAUAUAUGUUUUAGUUUUAGAUACAAAAUUCUAUUUUUUUAGGGGAAUUUGUAAUAUAAAACUAUUAAGAUUAAGAAAGUAAUAAUAAUUUGGAAUUUAAAACUAACAAAUUAAAUACUUAGACAGUACUAUCAAUUUCUAAUUAAUAAUUAUAAACUGAGGAAUUAUAAAAUUAAAGCAUUCUUCCUUUUUAAAAAAAUUAAGAUAUUUAAGAAGAAGUAGAAUAAUAAUUAUAUUUUAAAAAUUCUAAUAUAAAGCCAACUUUAUUUCAUAAAAUAUGUAUAAGAACAAUGCGAUUAUAUAAAAACAGAUUAUCUGAUAUAUCCUAGUUUAAAGACUCUGAUGAUGAGAAUUCAGAUAAUAAUGAAGAGGAAUAUGAAUACAAUAGCACAUAUAAAAACGGGAUGCAUUUUAAUGAGGAAAACAUGAAAUUAAAUAAAAAUUUAGAAGAUAAUUUUUACCAAAAAUAGAAAAUUAACGAUAUCAUAAAUACUCCAAUAAUUUCUGUAGCAAUAAAAUUUUUAAAUAUUCUUAUAAAAAUUCUUCUUUUUAUAUUAUUAUCACUUUCAAUUAUUGAAUAUAUCAUUGUAUUAAAUCAAUUAGAUUAUAUAAAAAAAUUCAUUUAAUUAAUAAAUUACUCUAAUAAAAGACUAGCCGAUUUAAAUUAUGUAGAAGGCAAUAUAAGGGACUUAGUAUUGUUAAAUAUGGGACUUUAUACAGAAAAUGAAAUAGGGAAAGAGUCAAAAAUAAAGGAAGAAAUAAAAAAAAAAAUCGAGAAUAUUGACAAAAUGACAAGUUUUUUACAAUUAAAUACAGAUAAUUAUAUUUCGGGUGAUUUUUUCAAUAUUCUACAUGAAAAUAACAUCAAAAUGUAUUUAAAUUAGAAUCAAUAUGAGUUUAGGGAUAUAAAUGACUCCACCUAAUAAAUGAUCGCAAAUGCACUUUUUAUUGCUAAUAAUAAACUUGAAAAUAUAAAAAGUGAUAAUAAAGACGUGUUCUUUUUUACAUUUAAUAUUUUUAACUUUUAUCAAAUUUAAUUAUAGAAAAGUAACUUUUAUUAUAUAAGGGAAUUAAUGUUUAUCGUCAUGGAUAAAAAUAAUAUUCUUUUUAUUAUUUUAAUAUUGACACCUGUAUUUAUUAUUAUUGAUUUAUUACUUUUUUUGCCUGUUCUUAUUUAUGCAAAUAAAUAAAGUAUGUAAAUUAUUUACCUUUUUUUGGAAAUUCCUAAUAAUUAAAUAUAAGUAUUUUUUUAUUUAAUAUUUAAAUUAUUUAUAUAAAUAUUUUUAAAAAAUAGCAUUUAUAAUUAUAAUGCUAAAAUUUCAUAUUUUAAAUAAGAAAAAAGAAAAAAAAAAAAUUUGUUAAUAUUGUAAAAAAAAAUAUAUUUAUAUAUAAAUUUAAAUUAUAACUAGAUAAAAGAUAAUAGUUAUUAAAUAACAAUAUAAAUUUUAAUUGGGAUAAUCAUUUUUGAAGUAUAUUUUAUAGCAAAUUAUUUUUUGACAUAGAAUUUAUUUAAAAAUAUUUAUUAAUAUAUUCCUGAAAUGAACUAUACAAUGUACGCUGAAUCACUAUAUUCAUUUACUGAUAAUGUUUAAAGGAGAAUUUUUAUAGAUCCAAAAGCCCAUACAUUAGAUAAAGAUUCAAUAUAAGUAUGUUUAUAAAACAUAAGAGAUUUAUUUAAAUUAGAUUCAGAUAUAUUAUAUGAACAUUCAUAAAACAUAAAUAUUCACAGCCAAUAGUAUAAUGCAGAGUUUGUAUAAAUAAUGAUAUAGAGUAUAUGUCCUUAUUUAAAGGAAAAUAAUAUAGUAAAUAAUAUUGAAGAAUGUAAUAAUUUUGCAAAUGGAACUAUAAAAUCGGGGAUGAGUGUUGCCUUUAUUAGAUAUUUUGAAAAUAUUAGACAAUUAUUAACAUAUUAUUAAUAAAUAUAGGAAAACAAUAUUUCAUUUUUUCCUAAAGAUUUUAUUUUUAAAAAUUUAUUCAAUGAAAAAAAUAAAAACUUUGCUUUAAAUUUGUUAAGACUUCCUAUUGCUGAAGAAAUUAAAUAAAUGUAAAAUGUUUAUAUUUAAAAUGCUUUAAGAAAACUUGUUUUGGCUUUUUAAACUUCUAUAGAAAAUCAAGUUAAUGAAUAAGCUUAAAUUAAAUUUAUAUUAUUUUUGAUUUUCAUUUUUUUAAUUUUUUUAUUUUACUUCUUCUUUUGGUACCCUAUUUAAUAUUUUUUGACUGAUGAAAUCUUUAAAACAAGGUCUUUAUUAACUGCUAUUCCUCUAUAAAUAAUCAAAAAAGUGAAGCCGAUUUUGUUUUAUAUAUAAUAUUUGUAUUAAAUUUAAUAGGAGUAGUAAAAAAAGGAAUAGUUGAAAAAUAAAUAAUUUGAAUUUUAAAUAUGA